UGGUUUUUACAAGGUAUUCACGAUGCCUAGACUGGGGGUUAUUUUCCUCUACUUCUUUAUGAACGGAUGCACAGAAGGCAAAAACAUAGCCGAAAGAUACGGAAACCCUCCUCCUCUGAAAUGGAGCAACGGCGAGCACAAAAUUGGUGAAGGCGUCACAUUAAAGGCGUACAUAUUUUUUGACACUGAUGAUUAUGAAACACAAGCGACUGAGAAAAACGUAACGAAAUACUUCACAGCUAUCUUCACCAAGGCGCAAGAACACUUCCACAAUAACUCAGUAAUGAUAUCUAUAGAGAUUCGAAACAUCAGUAAGAAUACGGAUCUGGAGGUCUGGGAGGCCAGUGAAAAAGCGCUGGACGGAAAUGCCACACUGAAGCGCUUACAGAACUACUCACAAAGUAUAGGUUUGACAAACGACAGCAUUGUUUAUUUAUACACAGAGAAGACACCAGUUGACAAAGCUUACAUGGGUGCAGCCAUUCCAGGCGUAUUUUCAACUUUCUCCACGUUCGGGACUUUUUGCAGUAAUGUCAACAGCGCAGCAAUAGUAGUACAGAAACCAGGAAAUUGUAGUUAUUGGAAGACUGUGAAAGCGACGACACCAGUAUUCGGAACGAGACACUUCAUACAGUUCACCGAGGAUGAUAUUAAGACAAUGAACAAGACUUUCUCACGCUGUCAUGUCAACAAGAAAAUGAGCAAGGAUUCAGAAGGAAAGUAACAAGAGCCUGAAUAAUGGGUAUGAACGUUACCGAUAUUCUAACGAUAUUUCGUGAGUUCCGCCCAUGGAAUUAGGUUUCAUAAAUAAAUGCACUAC